AUGAGUGGACCCUAUCAGCAACCCGGAUACAACCCACACUAUCAAAAUCCACCUUAUGGUGCUAAUGCUCCACCACCAGCAGGAUGGAACCCGCAUAACAACCAACAACCACCACCAUUUAUGCCACCACCACAUCCAGGAAUGAUGGGAAUGGCAGGGAUGGCCGAGGAAGGUAACGCUGGAGACAAAUAUCACUUCAACUUUAAUGAUCGAACGAUUCGUGCAGCUUUCAUUCGUAAAGUUUUCACUCUUGUAACUAUUAUGCUCUUGGUCGUAGCAGUUAUGACUGCUGUACCUUUCUUUGACCGUGAUAUAAAUUUGAAAGUCCGGAGUAGCAUGGGAAUGUAUUGGGCUGCUUAUGGAGUUUUCUUCGUCGUUUAUCUAGCAUUAGUCUGUUGUGAGUCAGUCAGAAGAAGUUUCCCAGCAAAUAUAAUUUUGACCACGAUCUUCACUUUGGCUGUUGGAUAUAUGACCAUGAUGAUAACUGCUCAUCACAAAAUCGAAACCGUUCUCUUCACUCUGAUCAUCUGCACAAUUUGCUGUGGAGGUAUUGUCAUUUUCGCUACUCAAACGAAAUAUGACUUAACCAACAUGAUGGGUUUCCUCUUCAUUGCUUCUAUGUGUUUGAUGGUAUUCGGGCUUGUAGCUGCUGUUUCUGUUAUUUGGUUCAAGUCUCCAUUCCUUCACCUGAUUUAUGCUGCUCUGGCAAGUCUUUUAUUCAUGUUCUAUCUUGCCGUGGACAUCCAAAUGCUUAUGGGAGGACGAAAAUAUGAAAUUUCACCUGAAGAUCACAUUUUCGCCGCUGUUCAGAUUUUCCUCGACAUUGUCUACAUUUUCUGGAUGCUACUUUCUCUUUUCGGAUCGAGCAAGUAA